AUUCUUGGAAACGGGGGGGGGGGGGCAGACCAGCGCCUUCCCUCGCCCCCCGCCCCCACUCGGGAUUGCAAUUGGUUGCGCGGCCGUAAUUUGGGGGUUGCAGCUGCGCCUCGAUUGGCGCUCGCUUUUUUAUAAAGAGCGACAGAGACACCCCCACCCCCCGGCCGGCGGUCCAGGAUCGGUUCCUCUGCGGCACUCGACGCCCUCCCCGCGCAACAUGAGCUACAGCCGCGACCUGCGCCUGCCGGCCUCGCCCUACGGCAAGAGGGCCAUGGGGGAGUCCUCGGGCGGCCGCAGCAGCCUCCUGUCCGGGGGCGCACGGGCGGGGGCGCCGUCGUCGCUGCUGGGGACAGCUCCCCGAGGCGGCCCGCGCUCGUCGUACUCGUGGUCGUACCGGAGGCUGCCGGCGCCGAGCAGCUCCCUGGACCACCUGGAGGUGCUGCUGUCGGGGGUGGCGGCGCCGUCGAGCGCGCUGAGCAACGAGCUGAAGAUCGUGCGCACCAACGAGAAGGAGCAGCUGCAGGGCCUCAACGACCGCUUCGUCACCUACAUCGAGAAGGUGCACCACCUGGAGCAGCACAACCGCCUGCUGGAGGCCGAGGUGGCGGCGCUGCGUCAGCGCCUGGCCGAGCCGUCGCGCCUACAGCAGCUCUACGAGCAGGAGAUCCGUGAACUGCGCGCCAAGGUGGAGGAGCUGCGCCACGACGCCGACCAGGCGGCCCUGGACAGCCAGCAGCUCGCCCGCGCCCUCCAGCGCCUCCGCGACCAGGCGGCCCACGAGGCGCAGCGCCGGGAGGAGGCCGAGGUGGCCCUGCGCGAAGCCCGCAAGGAGGCCGACCGCGUCGCCCUCGCCCGCCUCGACCUGGAGAAGAAAGUCGAGGCGCUCCUCGACGAGAUCGCCUUCCUCCGCCACGUGCACGACGAGGAGGUGGCCGAGCUGCAGGCCGAGAUCCAGGAGGCGCAGGUCUCUGUGGAGGUAGAUGUGAGCAAGCCAGACCUCACGGCGGCCUUGAAGGAGAUCCGUACUCAAUAUGAAGUGCUCUCUGCCCGGAACCAGCAGUCCGCCGAGGAGUGGUACAAAUCCAAGUUUGCCAAUUUCACCGAGGAAGCUGCCCGCAGCAACAACAGCAUCCGCCAGGCCAAGGAGGAGCUCUCGGAGUACCGCCGCCAGCUGCAAGCCCGGAACAUUGAGAUGGAGGCCCUGCGCAGUGCCAAUGAGUCCUUGGAGAGGCAGCUGCAGGAGGCGGAGGAGAGGAACAGCCAAGAUAUCCACAACAUGCAGGAGACUGUAAACCAGCUGGAAAACGCCUUGAGGACAACCAAGGGAGAGAUGGCACGCCACCUCCGGGAGUACCAGGAUCUACUGAAUGUGAAGAUGGCCCUGGAUAUUGAAAUAGCAGCAUAUAGAAAACUGCUGGAAGGAGAAGAGACCCGGCUCAGCACAGUCAGCAGCAGCAGCAACACCACAUUCGCCCUCAGCUAUCCUUUCUCUUCGAGUCCCUUGUCCAAUUUCAAAGGCUUCUCGACCAGCAGGGUGACUAUCAAGAAGGAGAAGAAGGGGGAUGGCUUGGAGGAUACCAAGUUCCCAGCGGAUCCAAAGACUGCAGAGGAGGAGGAGUCUGGAAAUGAGAAGGUGGACAAAGUGACACCCACAAACUAGAUUGGCUGAAAGCAUCUUCAGAAAUCCUCGCAAGGGAGAAGAAUGGUACCCUUUUCAUAGGCUACUUCUCACAGUUGGUUUUUCAGACAUGGGAAGGCUCAGGUAAUGUUUGCGUAAACAUCAGAAUUCAUCAGAAUUGCGCAAUCAUCAGAAAUCACUGGACACAGUGUGUAACAGACUUCUCUCUGUGACACACCUCUGAAGAUGCCAGCCACAGAUGCAGGUGAAAUGUUAGGAACAAGAUCUAACAGACCAUGGCCACAUAGCUUGGAAAACCCACCACCACCAGUUGAAUCCGGCUGUGAAAGCCUUCGACAAUACAUCAGAAUUCUUGGUGCAUAUACAAGGCUGUCCGACAGACCCGCUCCACUCGGGCAACCCAGUUUCCAGCUGUAUCAGGCAUCUGGUUCAUGUUGUGCUCAGGGAUGCAGGGUUCCAGGGCAGCUGUACAAAAUAUAUAGAUGACUGGGCCUCUUAGCUCUGGAAGUUUCCCCAGGUCUGAAACACUUGACGUGAACUGUAGCUGUUGAAGAGGAAGCCUGUAUGAGGGAUCCAGCUCUGGGGUUGUGUCCAAGAGAUCUCCUCUUCGCCUCUCUUUCUCUUCAAACUGUUUGUCUUGAGAGAUUGUAAACUUUAGAGUUCUCAGUCAGUGUCCUUUGGGAGCUGGGCCUCAAACUCUCUCAGUGUGAAGAAUGUAAUACUUCACAACUCCCCUUCCCCUUCAUUAAAAUACCCAUUUAACUUCAAGCCGAAAUUGAAUGUGAAAAAAGUCGCAAGAGGCUUCUUCACCAAGAAUCCUCACCUUUUAUUUAUCUAUUUACUUCUUUUAUGGUCUGACUUCCUUGUAGAGAGUCCAGGCAUACUGUUUCUUCAAACCCUGUGAUCUCCAACCAGGGCUGGAAUGACACAAAUUAUGUCCUGUUGUUUGUUCUAAUCAACAAACUUUUAAGUGGAUCUACUGGUGUUAGAACAUCCACUUCAAGGAUAAGAACUGACCAUACUGAUGUUCCCCUUUCAUCUGAAGGCCUAAAUAUCUAUAUCCGUGCACUGAUACAUGUAGGGACAAGUGAUGUUUUUUGUAGUUCCUUGUUUUAUUUAUUUUUUUAAUGGGAGGAAUGGCUUCUGUAGUACAUUCAGCGGGAAGUAAAAUACUCAGAAGGAGGACUGAACAAUAAGGUGUUGAUCAGCUAUAGAACUUCCAUGUUGCCGUCAGUGUCUUAAUUCCCUUUACUUUGUUCAAUCUCAAAGCUAAACUGCACAUUUGGAGUAAGCCUAAACUGAGGUUAUUUAUUUAUUUAUUAUCAAACUUAUAUUCUGCUCUGCCCCAUAGGG